GAAACGUGUUUAAGUGAGUUAUUUUAUUUUAUUUUUAUAUAAUAUUCUUGUUGGAGGGGUUCAGGAAAUUCUCACGGUAUUUCUACCAGUCGUAAGAGGCAACAAAUAGUGUUACGUCAAGUCGAAAGCUGGUGUAAUAUUUAUGUUCUAAAAAAAUGUUCGGUUAAUUGUCAUACCUAAUUGCAUGCUGAUAGAAGUAAAAUUAGGUACUGUAAUGCAAAAUGUUUGCAGAUGAUAUAACUUGAAUAAGAAAUAAUUCAGGAACAAUUUAUCAAUUGACCUGAAGAAUUGAGAAUAAAAUUUGAAGGAAAGAAUCUAAGAAUAAAUAAAAUUAAAACAGAUUAUAUGACAGCAUGAUUUUGGAAGAACAGGGCAAGUAAGCUAAAGUCAACUGGUAGUAAUGUAAUAGCCGAGGUUUAAAUUUUUUUUAGUAUCUUUUAUCUCUAUACAAAAGAGCGGUGGUUUGACGAGGAGAUGAAACAUAGAAGUAAGUGUAAUUGAAUAAAAUAAAGAAGAGGGCAAGUUAUUUUGGAUGACAAGAGAAUUUUAAUGAGACUUAAAUAUAAGUUCUACAAAAGUAUGGUGAGAUUGACUAUGUUGUAUGGUUCGGAGUGAAGGACAAAAAAUAUAAGAGAGAAUGAGUGUAAUAGAGAUGAGAAUGCCCAAAGUGAUGAGUGAUGAUACGAGAAAAGAUAAAAUAAGGAAUGAAUACAUAAACAGUAACUUAGACGUGGUUUCCAUUGUAGACAAAAUGAGAGAAAAUAUUCUGAGAUGGCUUGAACAUAUAAUGAGCAGAAUGGAAUCAGAAAUAGUAAGAUUAUAAUGAAAAAAAAAAGAGGCAAAAAGGUAAAAUGAAGAAGAGCUGGUUUUUAACUCUGUGGCUGGAUGCGAUUGAAAAUAAUUAGAAGAUAGUCAGUAUUUGUGAGAUGAAAGAUCGGACGGAACCCGUUUCGGUAAGACUUGAGCUUUCCUGUUUUAUCCAAACACAUUUUAGCCAUUUUUAAAAUUAAGUAUGCAAUCAUUUUUAAAUACUAGUUGAAACACAUAAGAAAGUAAAUACAAAUCACACAUUAUUAUUUUUUAAAAAUUUGUAACUUUAAAAUUCCCAAUAAAAUAAAACAAAACAAACAUAAAGGAAUGACAAGAAUACCAUAUCGAUUAGACGUAUAGAUCUUAUUAUGUAUUAAUUGUUGCCACUACAAGAGUGCGCUAUGUCGCCACCAAAGUUGGUCCCGGACAAUCACAAAUAGAUUGAGGUUACUUAAACUAUUAUAUGGUACUUUAAUUAGAAUCAUAGAUAUUGUAAUUUUAUUUAUGUUAUAAACAAAUUGUUGGCCACCCCUCCUACAGAUAUUUGCUCUGGAUCCGUGCCUAUAAAGAACUGGUGAAAUGACUAGGUAUAUGUAUAAAUUUGUGUACAAUAUAUGUAGAAAUUCUAAAAAAUAAAAACUUGUGUUUUGUGAUGAUUUUUAAUAAAAAAAUAAAUUAUAAUGAUUUGUAUUUUAACUAAUAAUGUAUAAUUUGUAUUUACAUUUUAAAAUUUAAUAUGAACUUUUAGAAUGUAUUUAGUACAACUUUUUUGUGCAAGAUAAAUACUUUAUAAAAUAAUAAAUAAUAAUUUAUGAUUUUAAAAUAAUUUUUUAUGAGUUUUAACUAUUAUUAAAAAACCGUUGCCAACUUAAUAUUAAAAUGACUAAAAUGUGUUUGGGAACAAUGUUCAACGUCGAUUUUGAUUGAAACGGUUCGCACUCGGAAGAUCGAGUCCAUUAGAAGUUUAGGACAAGGAUGGUCAGUCCCAUAGAUUUACUUUUAUAUAAUAGACUAAUAUUAUUAUAAUCUUACGAUAGGAAAAUAAGGUAAAUAAAUAAAUUUUAAUGGAAAGCCAAUUUUUUUUUUUGAAAAUGUAUUCAUUUUCCAAACAGGUUCAUGUUACUAUUUCAUCAAAAUUAAAAUAUUUACAAUAAUAUAAUAUUAUUAAUUUUAAUAUUAAAAAUAGUUUGUAAAAAUAUUUUUGUUAUACACAAUAAUAAUUAAAUUACCUAAUAAUUUAUUAUAAUCAAUGAAGAGAAUAUUUAAACAGAAUUAUAAAAAUGGCUGAUGAUAAUUGUUUGUUUAACAGGCAACAUUAAAAAUGCUUUAGAGAGUAAGUUGUACACAAUUUUUAUCACAAAUCAUCCUCUAAUAUAAAAAGUGUAACACUUAUUCUGAAAAGAAAUUUAAUAUAGUUAAUUCAUGAAAAAGGUCGUCCUUUGAUUUCCCAAAUUUAUUUAAAAAUUAUUAGUAUAAAUCGGGAAAAACUUCGAAAUAAAUGGAUAGGUGUUUAAGAAAUAACUAUUUCAUGAUUAUUGAAAUUUUUGUACUAAUGUUUCUACUACAAAUCUAGUUUUAUUCAAAAGAUAAGAAUAGACAUUUUUUCUGAAAUUUUUAAUCUAGUUGCUCAUGGUGAAAUACAUUUUUUGAUUUUUCUAUUUAUGGAUAUAUUAAAAUCGGAAGAUCACCUCUAUUCUUGGUCGUGCAUGUUUGGAAUUCGAACUAAUUUUAUAUUAUGCGACUCGUUUAAACAAAUAUUAUGUACCACAAUGUUGAGUUUACCAAAUAUGUAUAUAAUAUAUUGUAAUUUAAUUAAAUUAGAAAAAAAAUCACUGUAAAACAAGGUGAAUAAGUUUAAUAUAGUUUCUAGUUAUUAGGUAUCUCGUUUAUGUCCAGCAUCACAAAGUUGAGACAUAAUUUGUGAUGUUAAAUACAAUUUUCGAUUCACUUAACGAGUGUAUAGUAAUACAAAUUACUUACCUAUUAUUUUGCAAUUAUAAGAUAUAAGUAUUCGUAUAAUGGUAUUUACAAAAGUAUAAAAAUAUCUGUCAUAUUGACAAUGUCGUCCUUAUCAAAAAAAUCGAUAUAAAUCAAUUGUUUUUUUAUUGUCAUGGGCAUUCAUCAGCCAAGAUAUUCUUUUUUCUUCGAUUUUUUUCUAGUAAUAUAAGCUGGAGUAUUUUGUAUCCCUGAUUAUUCCUCAUGAUAUGUCCCACGUAUUCUAGCUUUUUACCUUCUAUUGGCGUUAAAAAUUCCUUCUUUUUUUCCAUCCUUUCCAGUACACUUUGAAAUGUAAAACAAUUAGUCCAUAAAAUGUUCAGCAUUUAUCUAUAUAACGCCAUUUCAAAAGCUUCAACGCACGGGAGAUGGCGUAGCGCACCGCAUCUCAACCGUUCCGAUAUAAUUAUUUAUCAAAAAUUUUACAUAGAAAAACAGUAUUACGCGUAACGAAACUUUUAUUUUAAUAAUUAUGAUAGAUCGAUCAUUUUUUUUUUUUGUUUUAAUAAGGAAAAAAUCAUCUGUAACGUAGCGUUUUACAUUUUCCAAUAAUUUAUCUCAAAAAUUAAAAAAUUACACCAUAGCUAAAGUUCUCCGUAUUAAAAAAAAAAAAAAUUGUCGAUUUUUCAUAAUAAUUAAUAGAGUGAUUCUGUUACUCGACAACUACAUUUUUACUCUGAAAUCACAUCUUCUUAAGCUUUAUUUUAAAACUAUUUUUUAAUUUUUUAAUUCUACUUGAUAUACUUUAAAUAAUUACAUUAUUUUGAUUUUAAAAUAUGAAACUCUUUCUUUAGAUCACAAACUUGAAAAGAGAAUAUUUGUCUAGAAAUUUUGAUGUGCAUAACACAAAUAUCAGAUUUAUCGUUAUUGAGUUAUAAGAAUUUUAAUCAGAGAUAUAAGGUAGGGUUAGAGAAGGCAAUUUAUUUCCUUCUCUACUUCGCCGAUCGAAACUUUAAACCGUUAUAACUCAUAAACGGUUCAUCUGAUAUGAGUAUCGUGCAUAUCAAAAUUUCUAGAAAAAUAUUCUCCUCUAAAAGCUGUGUUCAAAAGGGGAAGUUUCUAUUUUAAAAUUUAAUUAAUUUUUUUACACGUAGCUGGCAAAAUAUUUUUGUUGUGAUUGUUAUUAUAUUCACCAUUUAUACCAGUCGUUUUUUUUUUUUUUUUUACUAUUAAUGUAACGAAUUUUUUAUUGCAUUUGUAUUAUAAGUUAAAUUUAUGAUUAAUUAUGUGAAAUAGAUUGUAACGAUGCCAGAAAUUGUGCCGAAAAAAUGUUUAACGCGGAAAAAGGUCAGUGUACUUUAUUAGAAAAUUAAGCAUUUUGUUAUUAAAUUUGUCAAAGAUGUCGUAAGAAGAAAUUUUGAACUGGGAAAUCCUUAUAACCUACAAUGGGUCAUACAAUUUCUUUAUUCCAGUUUAAUUUUCAAAUCAUAAACCAUAUACUUAAAUAUUGACAUGAUCUCCAACGAGAUUUAUUACUCAAAUUCAAAAUUUGUACCAAUAGCACGGAACGUAAGUGCAGGUCGUCCAAAAGCAAUUAGACAUAAAUCAAUUUUCGACAAAUUUCGACAAAUUUAUUUUUGUCAAUCGAAUCAUCAAAAUAAUAGACGUGUUCUCUAAAAUUAAAUAAAAUCGUAUCAUGAACUCAGGAAAUGGCUGACUUUUUAUAAAAAGUACAAAGUUUAAUACAAAUAAAAUAAUUGGAACUUAAUAAUUUAAACAGUCUAUAUUACUAUAUUUAAUUAUUAUAGGUAAUAAAAUAAUAAAGUAAAAACAAAAUUAUUAAAAUAGUUAAUACAUAAAUAUAUAAAUAGAAAAUAUAUGCAUAAAAAUAUAAAAGUUGCGUUUUAUAUUUUGACUGUGAUACAUCUGAUGAUGAAUUUUUAAUUCGAAACUGAUCGAAUAAAUAACCUAUGAUAAUACACCGGGCAGCACAGUUAUUUGUUUAUUUUUAUUUUUAUGUAUAUAUUUUUGAUUUUUAUAUUUAUUUACUAUGAUUAUUAUAACACGUGAUAAGAAAGAAAAAAAAUAAGAAUUAAAAUAGGAAAAUACACAUGUAUAUAUUUAAAAUAGUAGAUAAAUAAAUAAAAAUUGCAAUAUUAUUAUAAUAAUUGUAUAAUAUUGAUAAGACAGUAAUAAUGGUAAGGUGGCCUAAAGCAAUAAAUGUUAUUCGCAGAUCUUAAUAUUCGAUGGAACAUGGUUGUGACCAUAGUUAGUUUUAUGCAUUGGAAUAUGGAAUUAGGAGCUCUAGAGCAGAGGUUCCCAAACUGUGGGUGGUGAUUAUAUUUUUAAAUAUUACAUUUUUUAAACAUCUAUUACAUUUCAUUGUUGUUCAAAUUCAGUGUUAUCGUCAAUCGUUAUCUGUGAGUGUGACGAUUACGAGUUUACAGAGACCGAGUCAAAACUACUCAAUUAGAUUAAUAGUUAUUGAAAAGAUAAUUAUUUAUCAGAACACACAAAUUAAUAGCUAUCUGUACAACGUUCAAAACUUUUGAUUAUUUUCAGUUACACGUGGUAUAUAGAAUACGAUACGUGUACGCAGUUGUAUAUUUAAUAUUAUUUUUUCUCAAAUAAAUUNGUUUUCUUUCUACUUUUGUACACUUAUGGACAAAUGGUUAAAUAAAUAGUCAAUGACAUAAAGUUAAGAAUAAACAGAAACAAUAUCUGCGUCAACAGUUAAAAAAAGAAAAUUUAAUUACGAUGAGCUUUAGGGUGGUCCUUAUUUUUCGCUUGUGAUUUUUUUCAGGUUACCCCCCCCCUAAAAAGUUUCGAUUACUAAAAAAAAACGCUACAAAAAUAGUUUCAGGCAAAUUCAUUAAUAUUAACCCGUGCUACAACAGCUCUAAAUUUACAAAAAUAGAAAAUUUUCAAAAUUAUCAAUUUUUUAAAUUGUUUUUAAUAUAACUCCGGGAAAAAAAUACGAACAAAAAAUUUGUUUAAAUAUAAAAAAUAGAACACUACGUUUUCUACAAUUUGUUUCAUAUAUAAUAUUUUUCAAAUAUAUUAUUUUUUCAAAUAUUUUAAUUACAAGGUAAAAACAAGAAUAAUCCUAAACAUUUUAAUAUUUAAAGCAACUUAAAAUACAACUAGUAAUUAUUUAUAAUAACAAUUUACAAUUAUAAUAUCGUUGUUACCUAAUUAUUUUAUCUGUAAUAUAUUUUAAUGAUAAAUGAUAAAACCAAAUUAUUGUGAUAGUGCAGUAAGUGUUUCUUUUUUGUGGUCAGGAUAUUUUUUGCGGUAAUCACUAACAACUUGUAGAAGGUAUUGUUUUUAAGAUUCGUUUUUGGUAUCGUAAUAUCGUAAUCAAUUUAUUCAAUAUAGUCCUCUAUAAGUUUUACUCCUCUUUCUGCCAAAUCGUUUAUUACUGGAAUAUUUUUUAUAACUAACAAAGCUUUAGAAUAGUGUUCAUUGUUUACCCAAUUAAUUGAAUCUUCAUUCAUUAAAAUGGUGUUGAUGGAAAAUCUUUUAAAUAGUGCUUUAGUAUUAACACAUAUAAAAUCAUCGAUUUCUUUCUCUAAUAACUCAUUUGCAUUUUUUGGCGAUAUAGUUAAACGUUGUGCAUUUGAAAUUAAUUCUGAUGAACUUUUGUCGUUGUUUAGAGCAUGAACCAUUUUUCUUUUUAUCUCCAGUGGCCCAGUUUCAUCGAAAAAAGCAAAAGCACAUAAUUCUGCAGAUAAAUACCAUAAGUGACCACAAAACUUUUUAACUACAAUCUGAGAUAUAUCUUUGUCUAUAGAGGUAUAAUGUCUUUCUGAAAAAUAUUUUAAGUUCAGAACAUUACCACGAAACAUUAAAGAUGGUGAGUUGAACCAUACUUGUAUAUAUAAUCGUACAAUAAAAACGCAAAUACUUCUCAAAGCAUUUUCUUCUUCUAAUAUUAUUGACCAAAAACGUACACAAAGCUUCAAGUUCAUCACGGGCACGAUAUUUUCUUUUAAUUGUCGCUUGUUUGUUAUCUUCUAUGAUUUUUUCUUUUUUUAUAAUUUUUUGAUCAAUACCAAGCAACUACCCAGGUCGACCUGUCCGUGUCUGGGCUAUUAAAAAUGCUUUGUCAUUCUCAAUAGACAGUAAAUCGAAUGCAUUUGCACUCGCACUCAGCUCAUUGAGCCUUCAACAUGUUCUUCUGAGUCGUAGCAAAAAUAUUCUUUAAGAAAUUAUUGUUCUGAAUAUUUGCGAAUUGGAUUUUCGUGGAAUGGAGACGAAGAACACCCACGUCCACAAUGUGUUAUUUGUGGAUAUAUACUUACAAAUGAGAGUAUUCGAUCAAACACACUACAUCGACACAUAGAUACGAACUAUCCAGAAAUGAAGAAUAAACCACUCGAUUUUAAGGAAGAAAAUUAGAAUCUCUAAAAACAUCAAAAAGUAAUAUUUUUAAUUUUACUGCAAUUAACCAAAAAGCUACAUUUGCUAAAUAUAAAAUAAGUUUACUUAUAAAUUGCUCAAACUGGUAAGCCUCACACAAUCGGUGAGUCUUUAAUUUUACCAUCAAUAAAAGACUCAAUCGGGAUCAUGUUUGAUCAUAAAAGUUAAAAAGAAGUUGAAAAGUUAUCGCUUUAAAAUAAUACAUUUCCACGUAGAAUCGACGACAUUUCUGAAUGGGUAGUAUAUAAACUGAUCAAAAAAGUUAAUUUGAGUACAUGGUUCUCAUUACAACUAGACGAGUCCACAGAUAUGCAAGGCUUAUCUCAGAUAUUGUUUUUGUAGGUUACAUAUGGAUAAAUCGAGUCUGCGUAGUUUAAACAUUUAUUUUGUACUGGAAAACGUACAAAAAACGCGUAAACACAACAGAUUUAUAUAAAUUUAGGUUACGGAUGACAAACCCGAGAGUUUUGGAGCAUUAUUAACUACAAUGUCGAUGUGAGGGUUGGGAAAGAGUUAAGCCGAGUAAUUGAAUCCUAGAUCUUUAGUGCUGUAAACGCAUUCAAAAUUAGAGCCAUUGAAAAAAUAGCAAGAUAGAUCGAGCUCUGGAGAAGAAAAGAACAUGACAUUUAGCUAAAUUCAAAAAUAAUUCUAGAUGGGAACCCCAUUUGGAGAAUAUGUUUAAUUUGCUUUUGGAACAAUAACGAAUCGCCAGGAGAGCUAAUUGUAUGAAAUAUUUUUAUAUCGUCAGCAUAAAGCAGUAUUUUAUUUUGUUUAAGCCACUGGGAUUAGGAGUUACAAAUAUAGAAAAUAAUAAUGGGCCCAAGUAGCCUUCCUGAGGAACACCUAAAGAAACAGCAUAAAUUUCAGAAUAGAAGCCCGAGACAGAAACAAAUUGUUUCCAGCGAUAUACGAUUUAAACCAAGAUAACAAUGAAUAACCAACACCUAAACAUACCAGUUUGUUAAUAAUUAGUUCAUGGAUGAAUAUAUCAAAUGCUUUGUUAAGGUCAGUAGUAUAACAUCAACAUGAUUACUUGCUUUAAAGAAAUCGCAAAUGCAAGUUACCAAUACAACACUGUUAGUAAUAGUGUAUUUAUCGUGACGAAACCCAUGUUCCUCUUUAAUGAACACAUGAUUAAAAGAUCUUUUAAAGAAAUCUGUUCUCUUUAUUAUAUUAUAAAUAUUAUAUAAUAUAUUAUAGUAUGGNAAGAUGUAUAGCAUUCCUGUCACUGACUUUACAUUUGUCCAAUACCGUUGUGAGUUUUUUGGAGAUAAAAUCAUCAUACCCUCUGAUUAGUUUGAAAAAUUUACUUGAUGGACCAAUAGCAUCUUCAUGUGUAAAUUCCUCACUAUCUACAUCGUCACAUUCGUCAGAACUGCUCGACGAUUGUAGUUCUACAGUUUUAUCUUAAAUUAAUUUUAUAUUAUUAUACAUUUAUUGAAAUUAAAAUUUAUAUUAUUGACUAAAAACGUACACAAAGCUUCAAGUUCAUCUUGGGCACGAUAUUUUCUUUUAUUUGUCGCUUGUUUGCUAUCUUCUAUGAUUUUUUCUUUUUUUAUACAUUUUUGAUCAAUACCAAGGAACGACCCAGGUCGACCUUUCCGUCUCUGGGCUUUUAAAAAUGCUUUGUCAUUCUCAAUAGACAGUAAAUCUAAUGCAUUUGCACUCGUACUCGGCUCAUUGAGCUUUCAACAUGUUCUUUCGAGUCGAAGCAAAAAUAUUCUUUAAGAAAAUAUUGUUCUGAAUAUUUGCGAAUAUAGAGAUAGAAUAUAUAGAGAAUAAGUUGGCAGAUGUUUCUUGAUCAAGAUUUACGAACAAGGGAAUAACUUGUUUGUUAUUUGUUCAUUAAUAAAUAAACAAGUAAUACAUUCGUACCAAAAAUACCUAAAAAUCUACUUAUUGCAAUUUUUGUAAGGAUCUACAAAUUUUUUUCCAAAAUAAAAUACAGCAUAUGAUACUCAAUUAUAAUGUAGCUUUUUAUAGCAGAGAGAAGUUUUAAAAUCGGUUGAGAAGUUUUUGAGCUCAUCCAUUACAAACAUAUAAAGAAAUCUGUUCUCUUUAUUAUAUUAUAAAUAUUGUAUAAUAUAUUAUAUUAUGGAUUAAAUAGUAACGGGAUCAAUUUUGUUGUAAAACUAAUAUUCAAAACAAAAUACAAAAGAAACUAAAUGUUAUAUUUUUUUUAUAUAUAAAUUAUAUAUUAUCNUUUAUCGUGACGAAACCCAUGUUCCUCUUUAAUGAACACAUGAUUAAAAGAUCUUUUAAAGAAAUCUGUUCUCUUUAUUAUAUUAUAAAUAUUAUAUAAUAUAUUAUAGUAUGGAUUAAAUAGUGACGGGAUCAAUUUUGUUGUAAAACUAAUAUUCAAAACAAAAUACAAAAGAAACUAAAUGUUAUAUUUUUUUUAUAUAUAAAUUAUAUAUUAUCAUCGUUUAUUUAGAUUAUAGCGGAUUAGAAUGUAAGUAUUUUAAUUAUUUUAGGCAUUAUUAUGUAUACUUAGUUUUUAUAUAUGUGGAUAUUUGAAAAGCUUCAUGAAAAGGUAAUAUUUUUUUUAAACAAAAAUAUUAUUGUGAUUCUAUUGAUUUUACUCCUCGAGUAAAUAAACUACAAUUUUAUGAUAUAAAUCAGUAAAAAGUGUUUAUAUCUAAGAGAAUAUGAAUUAUCUAUGUAUUAUUAAUUAUUUUCUUUUUUUAGUUUAUUCAAAAAAAUAUGUAUCAUAUAUUUAUAGAGAAAUGACAAUGGGUAAGUUGUUGUGUUAUCAUUUAUUAAAAAAUUCUCAAACUAUAAUAUUAAUUCAUUCAUCGGUCUUCAGUGAUUUUAGAUAGGUACUGUUAUUACCUUAGUUGUAAAUUUUCAUUUAUUUUAAAAAAACAUAUUAUUUUUUUCAUACCUUCUCGGGAAAUAUCUUUGAAACUAAUGUAUUACUUCACGGAUUCGAUACUUAGAAUUAUAAAUAAAUAAUUUAAAAGUCCUUUUAGAUUCUGAGUAGAGCGAAGAAGCUUAUGGUUUUACAAAGAUGUGUUUUUUUUUCUGCUGCUGUCUGCUUUUCUGUUUAGCUGUUUACAACUUUUCUACCAGAAAUCUUACUUCAAUUAUUAAAUGUAGUAGAUUUUCUGAAAGGAAGUGUGAGAAGGUAAUUUUUCAAUUUUCUCACGAGUUUUCUUAGCAAAUGUGAAGAACGAAAAAUUAAAAUAAUUAGUUAAAAAUAUAACGGCUCUCUUUUUUUCUGUGGACAACUCUUACCAGCAAGUUUGUUCCAAUUUAUUAUGAUAGCAAUUUUUCUAAAAGGAAAUCUGAUUGGAAAAGUACUUAGGGAGGCCAUUUUUAGAUUUUCUCUAGAGCUUCCCCAGCAAAUAUAAUAAAACUAGGAAAGCCGUGAAAAAAGUAAAAAAUUAGGAAAAUCGGUGAAUGCAACGAAGAAAAUUUAAAGAAAAUAUAUAAUGCCUAUUUAAUUAUUUUACCAUAAUAUGAAAUAUAUAUUGUUGAGAAAGCAUCAUUAUUAACUUGGCACAGAAUUUUUUUUCGUUAUCAAUGAUUUAUUGUUCAUUACAGAUAAACAUUAAAUUACCUUCAACCUUAGCUACACACGUCCCCAUUAUGCAAUGAUUUUUAGCAUAAAUGUUAAACAAAAUAACUUUCAGAUGCUUAACUACUACGAUAAUUUAAUAUUUUACAAAAAACGACUUUUACGAGCACGUAAUAGUCCAUAAUACUUCAAAAUUAAUAACUAAGAAAAACUNAUAUAUCUCUUUUAUUGAAUUUGCAAUCUGGUUGGUGACCAAGAAAAUUGUUUUUUUUUUUUUGUUUUCUUUCUGUUUUAAAAUGUUUCCAGCAAACCCGAAAAUUGCAUAGAGAGUACUGGACAAUUUAUGAAAAUAAUUCUUUUGGAACAUUAUUUUAAAUUUAGUUUUUAAUGAAAUUCAGUUAAAAAUAUGAAUAAAGACUUCAAAUUGAGACUGAAAUCUUAUUUAUAGACAUUAUAAUUUUGCAAUUUUUCAACGUAAUUUUUAUUUAGGUGGUACUCAGGGAAUAAAAUUGUUUGACUAAAGAUAAAUGCUUGACAAUAUCACUAGAGAUUCAUUAUAAGUUGUUCGUAGUGGUCAAAAAUAAAAUUGAGUGUAAUGUAGUAUUUUUUAUUUUUUAUAAGUGUUAAAAUCAAUUUUUGACAAAAAUCGUAAUUAUCUUUUCAAAACAUGUAUAAAUGAACUUAAAUGUAAAAACGUUUUUCGUUAGCAAAUAUUAAAUGUUGGUUACAGGUAUGAAUUAAAUAACUUUAUGUAUCCCAUUUUCCCAAAUACUCAUCUACAACAGUAACUACAUUUGUCCUCAGUAUUAGUUCUUUUUUUCCUUUGUUUGUAGGACAUACAGAGUAUUUAGACUCUCUGAACGAACAUUGCAAACACACGAUCAGUGCGUAAAAAUAUAUUGAAAUUGUUCAUCAUUUUGUAUUAUAAAUAUAUUAGUUCUUAAUGAACACAUGAAAUAUAAAUAAAUGUUAUUUUUAUAGGAUCAAAUGAUAAUUUGAAGAGAUUAACAGAUCCCAUGAAAAAAUUUAAAAGUAAGAUUCAUAACUGAAUUUUGUAACAUGUGGCUGUAAUGGCANUCAUGAUAUUCUUAGUCGGCUUGCUUGCAACGUACUAGCUCCACGCGGCUGUCCGGAAAAAAUUAAAAUAUUCAACGAUGUAUAACUAGACUGAAUGAUUAAGGAAACAACAAUUGAUACAUUUGGAAAAAAAAAUAAAAUUGCAAUUUAUGUUUAAUUAUUUACUAUAAGUGUAAAAUCGAAUAUUAUACUACAUUUACAAUCUUUUGAAAAUACACAUAGGAAUACAUUAAUAAAAUUGUUUGAAUUUUAGUAAAAUUUGAGGCUAUACACCCCCCCCCUGAAUUUUCUCCUCCGAGCGCCCUUAUUAAAUACAGACUGACAACAACGACGACGUUAUAAUUUAUAGAAACGAAAAAUAUUAUUAUUAAUAGUUCUAGAAUUUAUAUGCAAUAAAUAUUAUAAUAUGCAGUUUAUUUACUAAAAUAUGCAAACAAAAAAUGCUAAAACAAAUUUCUUUUAUUUAUACUAAACAUAAAUACCUAAAUGGCAAUAGAAUUCAGGCUAAUAAAAAAUAACUUAUGCGGUCGAUUUUGGAUAUUAUUUGUUAGUACUUUUGCACUGUCUCAAAAUAUAUGCCGUUAAAUAAUUUUUUAGUAAUCCAAGUUAAUAUUUAUGAUAAUUCGAAAAAUAACACAAUAAUUAUACAGACGUCCAUUAAAUAAAUACUAAAAUUCAUAUAAUACUCAAAAAUCUAAAUGUGGAAAUAUUAUAAGAUGCAUUAUGUUCAAAAUAUGGNUUUGUUAGUACUUUUGCACUGUCUCAAAAUAUAUGCCGUUAAAUAAUGUUUUAGUAAUCCAAGUUAAUAUUUAUGAUAAUUCGAAAAAUAAAACAAUAAUUAUACAGACGUCCAUUAAAUAAAUACUAAAAUUCAUAUAAUACUCAAAAAUCUAAAUGUGGAAAUAUUAUAAGAUGCAUUAUGUUCAAAAUAUGGAAAAAAAUUUAUUCUAUUUAAUCAAGAAUAAUUUAAAUCGCGGACACAUCUACCAAAGUGAGCAAUUUGAGCUAAAGAAAAAAUCAUAAAAUUGCAUAGAAAUCCUAGGCCUAAUUUUUGGGCAUUAUUACUGGGCAUGGAAACGUNAAUUCGAAAAAUAACACAAUAAUUAUACAGACGUCCAUUAAAUAAAUACUAAAAUUCAUAUAAUACUCAAAAAUCUAAAUGUGGAAAUAUUAUAAGAUGCAUUAUGUUCAAAAUAUGGAAAAAAAAAUUAUUCUACUCAAUCAAGAAUAAUCCCAAUCGCGGACUCAUCUAACAAAGUGAGCAAUUUGAGCUAAAGAAAAAAUCAUAAAAUUGCAUAGAAAUCCUAGGCCUAAUUAUUGGGCAUGCCAUUAUUAUUGGGCAUGGAAACGUAGGUGCAGUGAGCGUCGACAGAAAUUAAUAGUAAAUUGAUAAUAUUUUAGAACACUUAUACUAAUGAUAUUUUAUUAGCUCUAACAUACAAAUGUCCAAAAAAGAUAAGGAUCAUAACACUAAAAACACAUAGAUCCUAUCACAUAUGACCUUUUAAUUACUUUUUAUAAAUGAACUCAUAUUAUUUUAUUCUAGAAUGCAUACUAGAAAACAAGAUGUAUGGAUUCUGGCGUAAGUAGUGGGCAUGAGCCUAAAGUAUAAUUUGUAUUUAAUUAAAAUUUUAAAUCAAGGUAAUAAUUAAAAGGGGAAAAAUAAUUCUAGGAGUAUGUUACUACUGAUAUUGCAUGCAUACUUUCACAAAACGUAUUUUAUGAAUAUCAAUUUGUUAGCUAAUUUUAUAGUGUAUGCAAUAAAAAUAUCGAAUUAUUAAUAUUUUUAUUAUAUAGAAAGGUACGCCUAUAGUUCUGUGGUACGAGCUUUUUUUUGGUCAAGUAUGUAAAAUAAAUUUAAUUAUUUACUUAUAUUAUUGGUUUAUACUAUAUUUACCGAAAUUUAUUUGUAUAUUUUUAAGUUUAAAAAAAAAAAAUUGCAUAUACUUCACAGCAUAGGUGGACCAUUGUUGUUAAUAGAAAUAUAACAAGUUCAUAUGACACUUUUUCACUAAGAAAAAAUACGUCAAAUUAUUCACAUCGUACCUUAAAAAAUCUAAAAAACUCAUUUGAAACAUUUUUCAAAAUUCUCAGAGUAAUCCAAAAAAAAAAAAAAAAAUUAAAAACUUGAAAACAAAUGACAAUACAGAAGGUUAAUAUUCUUGAUUUCUGUGUUAUAAAUACAAGAGGAAACUAAAAACUAUCACUAUUAAUCAACACUAGUUGUUACAUUGUAAUGGUUAUCAUCGUUGCUUCCAGUGGCGUACGCAGAAUAUUUUCAAGAGGAAUUUCAUAAUAUAUAUCAAUUGAUGAUCUUUGUUAUUGCUCUUCACUAAAAAAAAUUUCAAGAUUUCAAUUGCAAUUGAAAAAAUAUUAUCAUUAAAGCUGUAUUUCGUAAAAUUAAGCCCGGCAUCUUGAAAUAUGCUAGUGGAUGUAAAAUAUGUUUGCUGUUCACAAAUAUUAAAUCAAUCCAAUUAGCUUAAUAAUUAAUUAAUAGUUUAUAAGUUAUUUUAUGAAGUUAAAAUUAAUCAUUAAAUACAUUCAAAUUCAAGUUUACCUUGAAAGAGCUUCUCCAAUAUCAAUAAUAUUAAAAAUUAUCAAAUAUUUUCUUUUUUUAUACUUAGUUGCAUUAGAAAAUAAUUUAUUUAGUUAACAAAUAAGAAAAACUAAACAAUAAUAUAUUAAAUAUGACAAUAAAUUUAUUUUAUCAUGGUGUUAACAAUGUAAAUUACGCCGCAGUUAUUAUGAACAUUUGAGGUUGGAACAUAUUUUUCGUCUUGACUCCUAUGUGCAUGGAACAAUUCGUUUAAAUUUAAUUGAUAAUGAUAAUGGUUUAUCAGGAAAAUUUACUUUUUUUUUUUUUAGACAUUGUUUCAUAAUUAGAAAAGGCACUUUAAAUUAUUUUAGGGGGGUUGUCAUAUCUCUUUGACACUUCACUGCGUACGCUACUGGUUGCUUCAGUGUACAAACUAUAUAUCCUAUAUUAUAUACGGUUUCAGUUUAAUCCAAACAACAGUAGCCUAUACCUAUGGCGUGAAUUAUUUCUGGUUUUUUUUUUCUAAUGAUACAAAAACUCUGAUUAUUCAUUAAUUACACUUUUAUGGUCUAUUUAUAGCAACUUAAUUAAUUCACUUAAUGUUUAUAUACUUACUUAUUUUGUGUAGAAAGUGUAAAAAAUGACAUACAACCGCGUAAGUUCAAUUAAUAGUCAAUACUUGUGAAUUAUUAAUUUAUGUAGCGUCUAUUUUUAACACCACGAACCGCCACUGCCAUAUUUUGAUGGCUGAUUCAGUAGGUAUUUCAAGUGAAAAUUUAAAAAUUAUAAUAUUACUGAAAUAGAUAUAUUAAUUGUAUUGUAUCAAUCAAAUAAACGUGCAAUAAUAUUUUUCCAUUACAGACGAAGAUUUUUUGUAUCGUUUAAGGGCUGUUAAAACUACAUUACUUGCCGAUACUGCAGGUAUACAUAUAUUAUUUUUUUUUUUUAAACAAACCAUGGGCCGAUGGGGAAGGGACUUGCACUCAUAAUAUAAUUAGUGUUAUAUUAAUUAUAUAUUAAAAUUAAAUAUUUCACUAUUCACUGAAUUAUUUCAACAAAUUGUGUAAAAUUGAUUUUGUUAUUAAUAUAAUUAUAAUUUGGCUUUAUAACUAUAUAAUUAUGGUGUAUAAUAUGAAAGAAUGUUUUUAACAAGAAAAAAAUCAGGAUCUUAAUAAAUAAAGAAUGUUUAAAUUUUAAAUUUCCACCGAUAAAUGUUGGAAAAAAACCAAUACUUUGGACAGGUGCGCCACUGUUAUAAGGUGGAUGGUACUAAAUGUACACUUUGCCGGGGACCUAUUGUUUUCGCCAAUUAUAUAGCAUCAAUUUCACCAGUAUCGACUUCGCUAAUACAUGUAGCAGGUAGUCUAAAAACAACCUAUCGAUUCUGCUAGUUACCAAUUUUUACCUAUAUAUGCUGCUGUGUAUCCGUUUCCUUCUUAAGUUUAUUAAAAAAUUAAUUUACAUUUAUCUUAAACUAAAAAGUAAUGUUUUUUAGAGUUAUUUACUCAUCUAUUUAGGUAUUUACAAAACAAUAAAUACAUUUAAAAAAAAAAGGUUUACAUGUAUAUGAUAUCAAUAAUUUUUUUUAUUUAUUUCUAUAUAGGUACAAUACAUAGUCAAAAGUUGUACAAUAUUAUUUUUUAUAACGUAAUGAUUCCAAACUAAUAAUAUGUGAACGAUUAAUAUUUUAGCUCAAUUAUCUUUUAAUAAAUCUUUGAUUUUUUUUUUCGAUAAAUAUAUUUUGUGUUUAACUAAUUUUUUUUUUGUGAGUUAACAUGAGUAAAAUGUAUGUAUCUGAUUAGAUCUUUGUAUUUAAGACGGGUAUUGAUAAAAAAAAUAAGUGGGUGUGAUUUUGUAAACAAUGAAUUGAAUUUUGCAUAAAAAGAUUCACAACUGUUUGUGGUUCGUUCAGAAAAAAUAGAAAAAGAGGCCCAAACAUUGUUGGAAAUUUCGAAAAUUCAUCAAUGUAAUUUUCAGUUGAAUAAUCACAAAUUUGUAAUAUUUUUGGAUCAUUAGGGCAGUGUGCAAUUAAAUCUUCUACAAAAUAAUCAGAAACUUCUUCUGGGUUUGAAAAAGAAAGCCCAAACAUUUUUUGUAACCAUAUUCCCGACCUACAGUUUUUAUUUUGAUACUGUUCUGUUAGUCCAAUUUCUUGAAUUUUUCACCACCGACUUUAAGUUAAAUGGAACCUGCAGUCUACAAAUCCAAACAAAUUUCUCAUAUUGAUAAAUAACCUAGUUAUUUUGUCGUUCACCAAAUACAAUUUCAAAAUUCAUUAUUGUGAUGUAUUAUGACACGACAAUUAGUCGAAAUUAAUCGGCAUCCACACGAAAUUAGCAAUAACAAGUCAAUAUUUCAGAUAUAUUUCUAAAACUAUAUAAAUGAUAUUUUUAUACAGGUAUUUUAUAUGAUAAUUAUAAUAAGCUAUGUAAGUCAAAUCCAACUAUUAAAAUUAUUUUUUAUCUGGUUCGAUGGCAGAAUCAAUGGAUUGUUUUAAGACUAAUUGUACUGACGGAAUCGAUACACCUUAUCCCCUAGCAUAAAAAGGUCUGCAGAAUCGAUGCAACCCCCGCUUUGCCAUACGUUUAAAACUAAUAUGGGUGCUACUGGCAUACAUUAUAAAUUAUAAGAAACGUCCGAAAAAUAAAUCAAUAUUCCAUUGAUAUGGACUGUAGUGCAUUUAUUGUUAAUUUCAUUUUCUUUAAUCACUAAAUAUUAAAAAUAUAUCAACUUUUAGAUUCUAAGUGGAGCGAAGAAGUUAUAGUUUUGCAAAGUAAUUUAUUUUAUCUAUGCGCAACUUUUUUAACAGAAGACAUGCUCGGAUUUUUACGUAUAGCAUUUUUCUGAAAAGAAAUCGGCGUAGAGAGUUACCAUAAAGAGGUUAUUUUUUAAUUUUCUCAAGAAUUUUUCCAGUAAAUAUGAAGAACCGAGAUAAAACAUGAGAAAACCGGGAAAAACAUAGAAAAUCUGGUAAAAUCGAUACAACAAAUAUUAUUAAAGAAAAUAUGUAAAGCGUAUUUAAUUAUUUUACUAUAAAAUGACAUAUAUAUUGUUAACAAAGCAUCACUAUCAACUAAACUCUGCUCAGAAUCGUUUUUUCGUAAACAAUGGUUAAUCGUUGCAUACAGAUAUACAUUAAAUUCAAGUCUAUAUCAUAACUUCCUAACUUCCCACCUACAACAGUGACUGCACCCGUCCUCAUUAUUCUAGGAUACCUUUUUUCUUUUAAUUCGUAUUGUAAUGUAGUACGUAUAACAGGUAGUAGUUUGUUUGAAAUCUAUUAAUUAUUUUCAAUAGUUUAGUUUUUCUUUGGCAUUUAUCGUAUCAUACAGCAUUUAAGCUAAAUUAACCUAACCACUUAAUGUUUAACAUGCACGAACAUUUUAAUUAUGUUCUUGUAUUACCUAACAAUAAAUUUGAAUCAAAUACAAUGUGUUUAAAUUAAUUGAGAAGAAUAGCAUUUUGUAUUAUCUUAUUAUCUUAUCGAAAUAUAAAAUCUUAUUAUUUUAAAGAGAAAGCAAAUUUGAUAAUUUACUGUUUUCGGAAAAUAUUUUGGGAGAACACUCGUAUUAUAAUUUUUAGAUAAUAAUACUAAUGAGCGAUACCAUUUCUACAAAAAUUGUACGUUCCUCUUUUCCGCCAAUACUCGUUUUCAUCGAAACCAUAAUAUUUAAUGCACUGUUGAUAUAAUUUUAUAGUAUAUCUUACUAUGUAUAUUGUACAAUGUACCUACUUAUAUAAUUACCUAAAAUACUUUUCACAAAACGGUACAUGAAAUUUUUUUUUUUAUUUCUUAAAGUAUAUUACAGUCUAUACAAGUACAUAUACAUUUUGCAAUUGAUAUAGAAGAAUUUUUAAAUACACUUUUUUUUCACGAUGUUAAGACAAAUAUUCCCCACACCAUUUCCUUUUUAAUCUUCGACGUGGGUUGUCAGGUAGUGUUUUUGAAUAUAAUUUGGGGAUUAGGGUAUUGGUAUGCGACUGGAGGUUAUUGUAGACUUUUAUGUAGUAAAUAUUAGAGAUUUAUUUUAAGGUGUGAACUUUGAGUUCUUUGUGAAGGUUAAUGUUUGUAAUGUACCAAAGUUCAGAGGAAGGUAGGUGAAGAAAAAUGGAUCGAAAGAGGAUUAUUUUUUUUGGGUGUUUUUAUGUUUUUGGCAGUGGGAUCAAGCUUUACUUUUUUUUUAAAUAAGGUUUUUAAUAUGGUUUGGGAGUGGGUUGUUUAUGAUGUAAGAUGAACUAGGGGUAAUUGUUAAGUGAGUGCAUUCCUGUAUUUCAGUUGUGAGUUUUAGGAUAAUAUUUUCAAUAUAAUCACUUUAUUUUAUGGGGGGUUGUGUUUCUAUCAGUUUUUGGAAAGUGGGCCAGAUUAUUUUUCCGAGAAGCUAGAGAACUAACAUAAGUAUUAGAAGAAAUGAUUUUGAAGUCAUGUAUGGUUGGUGAGUGGUCGGAUAAUAGAUAAUUUAUAUUGUAGACAAUGGUAUUACAGUUAGUUGGGAUUUUUGCUAUAAAAAUGUCCAGGAUAUUAGGACGUAUGUUCAGAUGUGAAGGCCAAUAAUUGGGGUGAAGGGGUGUUAGUAUUUUUAUUUUGGAGCUUUAUAGUAAAUUUUAGAGAGUUCUGCUCCUAUAAUUAAUUGAAAAAUAUCUCCAGGUAGAUUUUUUUGCGUUGAGAUCGCCAGCUAUUAUAAAGUAUUUACCUAGUGUUUCAAAGACAUUUUUGAAAUUAUUCAUACUAAUUUUAGGGCCGGGUGGGGGAGGCAAUAUGAGGAUGAGAGUGUUAAUUUAGUGUGUUUAUUUAAGAAUAUCUGAAUACUGGUUGUUUGGAUUUAUGUUUCACUAAUUUCAAGAAGAAAUGAAUGACUCAAAUUAUUUUUACAUGUAUCACCGGUCCAGCGUAGGCCGUAUUGCCUUGUUGAUUGCCUGAUAGGUUUUAUAGUCAUAGGUUUUAAUAUUUUUUGUUGAGACCUAAAAAUUAAAACAACAUUUUGUUUUUAUAAAUAUAUUUAGUUAUUAUUUUAUUAAAUCUAAUAUUAUUGAAAGGUAAUUCCAAUUGUCCAUUUUUCUAAUUUGUUAUAAUUCGGUCAUUUUUCUUAUAUGGUGGAAAAGAGGAAGGUACACAUUUGGUGAAAACGUGUUACGCCUAUACACAUAUAUUUACUAACCUAAUAUUAUAAUUUAAUUUUAAUAUUAUUCUAUUAUGUAUAAUAGUAAUGAAUUGGAAAGAAAAAAAAGGACCAACUGAAUUUUGUUCAGGUAAAAUUGAUUUGGGAUCGUAAAUUUAUACGAUUCCGUACGUUUAUCUCUUUUAAAAAUUACUACACGAACUGAUUUUUUUUUUACUGGUAGUAAAUUUAUUACCGCCUGGUCCUAAAUAAAUGCUAUGUUCAAUUUUCUCCUAGCCAGUCUCGGAAUUCAGCAAGUCCUGACUAGACUAGAGGCCCGAGACGACCACUUGUAAAAGCGCACCGGGGAACCGAGAUAUAUUGGUAACCGUAAAAACGACUGUUUAGUAGGUACUAGUCCUUGGUAAUGGCUCGUGGAAUCGGAUGACAUACAGUUCCCAUCGGCGGUGAGAGCGUAUUUCUCCGACGCUGGUGGUUAUUCCGGUGCUGGGUCGUCGUAAUAUAAUCGUUUUUCGGUCGAUAAUUGGCAGUGUUCGCUGUUGUGUAAAACGUUCCUUGGUGUAUCUUAAGAAGGACCGGUUAGUUUGCACGUGAGCGACUGCCCGUUGGUAGCGUGGUCAAUUAUUACACUUUACGCUUAGGUACUAUACUAGGUUAGGUUAGGUUCAUCGAGAGCGUGAUUGGUCGUCACGUGAUACUAGUGCAAGUCGUGCAUUUGGUAGUCGUCACGGUUGCGCUCAGUAAUCAGGACGGCCGCUUUUAUACCGUUUUGAUAAUUAAAGCGUCGUCGUUGAUUGGCUGUCGUCACGGCUAUAGCUUGCAGGUUGAUUGCGUAUUUUGUCUAGUUUGCAAUAUUCCGAUGAGAGUGGGACGUCUUUCUUUAGUUACGGGUAUUGAUAUUUAUAAUUUGAAGAGUUACCUCCCAUUAGUUGGCUGUUAACUUUUGACGAGGAAAAGGCAUAUCCUGGACCUAUAUUAGUUCUUACCCAAGUGCUCUUUUACCUCGCCAACUUUAUCAUUUUUUUGGUUCUGAGAAAGACCGUUUAAGUGUGUCGUGCGCUCCGUUAAAGUAGGUUUACAAUUGCUGGUGAUUACUUACUCCACUCACUGACUACAUCACGCCACACCACUACAUUAUUGUAAUUAAAUAUACUAAAUAGGUACUAUCAAACAGAUACUCGAAAUUCCGUAACGUUCCAGCUUCUGCAACAUAUAAGCUAUAAGUUUUUGUUUAUACAACGUGCUAUAAGGUUGAAGACUUGAAAAUCCUUAUGGAACCAAUACACCAUAAUUGAAUGAAUUCAUUACAAUGUGUCUACUACAUAGGCAAUCAUAGUAAUAAUGAAGGAGCGAACGCAAUUUUUAAUGGGUAUCAAGAGGGAACAACCGCCGCGUUGUAAUAAAUUUGAGCAGGUAAACUGUAUACAAUUGUAAUAGUGAACAAGGUGCGUACGGAAUCGCCAUCAAUAAAAAACAUAAAUAAUAAUUUUAAAAUAAAUGUUGUCUUAUUUAAAAAAAAAAAAGUUUAUUUAUAAAUUUUAAAUAAGAAACAAAAUUACGAAAACCAUUGAUAAUUGAAAUUAUUUUUAUUUAAACAAUUCUAGUCAAGUGUAUCGGUAAGAGCAUAAUAAUAUUAUUAUAUCGUAAAAAAUAAUCAUUAUAAUAUUAAACAAUCAAAUAUUUUUAAGAGCAUAUUUUAAUUUCAAAUGUAUUAUUAAAUUUUGUCUUUAUACGGUGAACUGUAUUAUACUCGUAUACAUAUACGGGUGAACUAAAUACAGUUUAAUUAUUAUUAAAAUAAAAUAAAUAUUAAUAUUUUAUUAUUUUAUACAAUAUAUAUAGGAAAUUUUAAUAAAUUCUAAUAGUCACAGAAAAAACCUUUAGUUAGAACUAAUGUUAUUGACCAAUAAAUCUCAUAGUUAUAGAUUUAAUGAUUAAUAGAUUAUUAUUUUAAUGGUUUUGUCCAUUUUAUUUUCAUAUUUAUAUUCGAAUUAUAAUGUUAAAAUAUUAUUUUUACAAUUAUAUGUGAACUGUGCUUUUUUUAUUUGUGUUUGUCUGUUCCACCAUACCAGGAAUUAUGUUCCAAUCAAAAAACGACAAGAGAUAUUUUUUUAAUAAUGUUGGAUUUAGUUGGUGCAUUGAAGAGGUCAUUUUUUUAAUUUUCCAAGCAGUUUUCAUAAUAAUUGGGAAAAUUUUGAAAAAUGGACAAUAAUUUGCUAUACACCGCGCUACGUCAUAAACGAUUUCGUUAUUUUAAACUUUUGUUUUGUACCUGAAAUUUUGCUCCAAUAUCAAGAGUAUCAUCUUUUAUAAUAGGAAAAAACGUAGAAAAACGUAAAAGUUAGUAAAAGUUAGAACUAUAUAAAUAGUUAUUAUAUUCGUUUAUUAUAAAUGGUUAUAUUCUAAAAGCAUUCUGCAAAUUAUGAACCAGAUAUUAUCAGUAUCUGACCUUUUAUAUUUUUUUUUUUAUUUUUAUUUUAUAAGUAGGAACCUAACCUAUUAUAUGGAUAAAAUAGUUAAACCAAAAUAGAAUGCAUAGAAAUUGAAUAGUGCAUUUAUUUUAAGUUGAACUUGGUAGUAAAAAAAAAAAGUUAAGCGUAGUAAAGUGUAGUUUUUUUUUUUAAAAGUUGUUCAAAAUUAAAUUUUGACGAAAAUCAAAAAUAAGAGAGCAUUUAAAAACAUUUAUAACUGAACUUCACUCUGAAUCAUUUUACGUUAUAAAUGAUUUAUCGUUGCCUACAGAUAUAAAUCUAUAUUAACUUUAUGUAUCCUUAUAAAUGACGCAGGUCCUCUUUGUAAAAGAGGCAACAAUCUUUGAAAUUAAACCUUACAGACAAAUCAUAGGCACAAACAGUGCAAGUAUUUAGAAGAGGCUUAAGCUCCCAUUAUAUUGAUUAUUUAUACCUAGUAUUUAAUUGAUGAGGACUUUAUUUUAAUGGGCUUGGUUGAACAUUCGGUGGAGGGUGCCAAAAUUCUCCAAAUGUUCCUUUCCUGUUCGUGCCAAUACACAAAAUUAAGUGAAUAUUAGGGUUUAAUAUUUUUUAAUAAAAUGUAUAACUUACAUGUUUUAUUUAAAAAUAUUUUGGUGGAUCAUCUCGCAAGGAAGGCAGUGGCCCCUCCUGCUUUUCUCGUGCGCACGAUAAUAUGAAUCCUAUCUUCCUAUAUUCCUACCUACAACAGUGAUACACCUGUCUCGAGUAUCAGCUUUUUUCAUUUUUUUUCAUUUCAUUUAAUCCCUCUUAACCUUUGCUACAAUUACUGUUCUUCAUAUUUACCUUACUCAUCUUCUUUACAGUUCGUCUUUCAUUAUAUCUAUUAACAGCUAAGUAUUAUACAUUUUAUAGUAAUGGUUCAAGUAGGUAUAUCUAAAGAUUUUUUAAAUAUCUCUUAUUUCUUAGUCAGUUCUCUGUUGGUAUUCUGCAGUAUCCUUACCUCUCUUCGAGCAGAAUGCCUGUCAUAUUAUUUAUUUAUUUUUCAAAUAUUCCAUUUUCAUAGUUUUUUUUAUCCAUUUCAGUUGUUGCCCAUGUUUUACAUGCAUAUACAAUACGGUGGAGAUAGUCAUACUUUUUAUCGAAACAUACAUCGUCAAGUUUGUCCCGUUUCAUUACAAUUUAAACGUGAAAAUUGUUUUAAAUUUAAAAAAAAAAUUAUUAGGCAAACUUAUUCUCAUUUGAAUUUCCUUGUGAUAAUUUACUCCGAACGACUAAAUAUUUUAAUAUUUAAAUUCUUGCAGACUGUGUUAUGUUUUUGUAUGUUAAUAUUAUGAAUUUCGUAUUAUCAUAUCUUAUUUAUAAAUAAACAAUGGUCCACUUUUUGUUAACCAACUGACACACACUUAGUAGGGUAUUGUUCAAAAUAAAUUCUUAGUAGAUAUACCUAUAUAAAUUAUAACAUAGACCUCAGAAAUUGAAUAGCAAUAGUAAUUUAGAAUUUCUCAAAAUGUAAAACGAUUAUCUAUAUACAUUACUACAUAUAUAAGUGCAGUCAAUAUUAUUUAUUAAUCAAUUAUUUAUUAUAAUAGUAUAUUUAAUUACAAUGUUUAUGUUCUAACAGAUCAAAUAUCAACUGCUUUCGGAGGUAAGUUAUUAAAUAGUUUACUUUUUAUUAUAUGCUAAAAGUUGAAUAUUUUCUCUUGCCGGGUUCACACUCGUGAACUCGUGACUCGUAUAUUUUCCGAUUAUACACUAAUACCCGAAAUUAACAUGAUUAAUCGGCUAUUUAACAUGAAUUGCCAAGUAAACCAUUCACGCAUGUCGUGUAUUUGACGAAUACACUCGAUAUCUAAAUAAUCGGUAAGAACACGAAUAUUCUUCAUAACCUUAAACAUGCGCUAUGAUGAAGUGAUACAAUAAAUAACCAGAGACGAAUUCAGGGUCAAAAUGUAGGACAGGCCUAGUUAUAAUUAUUGAUUUUAUAUAAGUACACAUUUUUUCUUUUUUGGACAUUUUUCAUAACAUUUUUACAUUUUAAACUCUUAAGCUGAAAAAAAAAGUAGAUGACUCGUUAAAAGUCGAGGUGACAUUUAAUUUUUAAAUUUGAAUUUAUGAAUUGAAUAUUUUACAAAAUAUACAUAAGUAAUCAUGGGUAAACGCAUUGCCUAUUUUAAAUCUUUAAUUAUUUUUUUUUUUUGUAGGUUGUACAACUUUCAAAGAAUGUGCCAUUUUUGCAUACAAACAUGUGGGUAAGUAUUUUAAAUAAUUAACUCGUGACAAAUGGUUAAUUUGUGAGUCUAAAAUAUUUUUUGUUUAUUAUCGUUCCAAGAUUCAAAAGCACAGCAUUUAAUUUAAAAUUACCAAUUCUCAGAUAUAGGAAUCCUAUAAUAUAGAAAU